AUGACAUGGCUAUCAAUGUUCUCCGAAGAUGAGUUAAGGGAAAUGAGAGGGGAUCAUAGGUUAUUGCAAAACGGAGAACCCACGGACUAUGGUAAUGAAAUGGAAAGAUGGGCUAAAUUAGCGUUUUGUAAACUUUGGGAAAACGAAAAUGGUGUGCCAGGCCUUCAAGAAGGUUUAAAUAAAGGCACCGUGUUUGUCAAAGAUCCUGAAAAUGAAUACAAAAAAAUAGGUGAUUUAAAUUUUAUAUUAUUCAGUCCAGAUGCAAUACUACAAACAGAAAAUGGAGAAGUUGUUUUAAUUAAGUGUCACGUAGAAUCAAUAAGAUCCUUUAUUAAUGAUGUAGACGACAAAAACAAUUAUUUUAGUUUUUUGGUGGAACACAGAGACCAAGUAUUAUCGUACAUGGAAUUUAAAGACAUUAAUUACGGAAUAUUUUAUUUGGAUGACAUUCUGGGGAGUAUACUUUUUACAAGAGAAGAUGGGGAAAGAUUGUUGCAAAUACUAAAGAAACUAUUAAGAAGCGUAUGUAAAGGCCGGCCGUUGGGAAACAAAGAAGCGUUUUUUGAACUUUGGAAAAGCGAAAGGGGUGUACUAGGCCUUCCAAUAGGUUUUGACAAAGGCACUGUGUUAGAAGAAGAAGCUAAAUAUGAAAUAUCAUUUAGGCCAGACGCAAUACUUGAAACAGAAGGAGAAAAAGUCGUUUUGGAAAUUAAAUGUUCCCUAAGUGAAAGAAAUGCUUGUAUUAAUGAAAACAACGAAUUGACUGGUUAUUAUUGGGAGAAACAUAAAGAUCAAUUAUUAAUGUACAUGAAAUUUAAAAACAUUAAAUACGGAAUAUUGUUUGCCUUUUUUGUAAGUGAUAUUGAACAAGAUAAAAAACCAAGAGUUAAACUUUUUAAAAUGGAUGAUGAGAAAGAACGUUUAGAAGAGUUAGAUGACCUAUUAUUAAGGAGUUUGACAAAGGAACUUCCCAGUUCUUUAACAAAGUUUUUAAACUUUAUGUACCCACAAAACUAA